UUGUAUGAUUUCAGCAGAUUUGUCGUUUGGUAUCUGUUUUGGAUACUUGUGAACAUUAUACUUGUAAAUGUGAUUGUUUCCCUGUUCCUUUCAGUACGGUGUACGUUUGAUACGCGAAGAAAUUUUAGAAGUAUACCGUGAAAUUUAGACGCGAAAGUGUGGCUAACCUGAAAAUGAACUCCUAGGAUCAUGCCGUACCUGAGUAGCAGAAGAAUGUUCAACGCGGGUUUGAACGAUCAUUCAGCUAAAGGCAUUAUGGGUUAUGUGAAACAGGAGGACACGGAUACUGGCAUUGUGACGGUGAAAAAAGAACUCGGUCUGGAAUUUGAAGAACUGGAAUUCGAAGAUUACAGACCAGAGGAAUUUGGGGAUAAGGUGAUAGAGCUGUUUGGUCUCGAUAAUGUAUCGGCUGAUGCAAAUAGUCUCAAGAUUUCAACAUGCCAGAAUGAUCAAGAUUCAGCACAGAUAAUAAUCAAAGAGGAAACUGAAUUUGGUGACAAGGUGAUAGAGCUAUUGGGUCUCCCAAAUGUAUCAGCAGAUACAAAUGGUGCCAAGGUUUCUACGUUUCAGAAUGAACGUGAAUCAGCACAGAUAAUAAUCAAAGAGGAAAUUGAUUGUGACAUUGACAACGGCUCUGUCAAAGACUUGGAUUCUCCGCAUUUUGCAGAUGAGGUACCGGGUCCAACACUGAGGAGGUCAUCAAGGAGGAGGUGUCAACGGUUUUCUCUAGAUGACCUGUCGGAAAGCCCCACCGACGAAGCUGCAGUGUGCAAAUUCCGAAAGAAGAUGAGGGUACGGAAUUCUUCUCACGACGGAAGAAGAAGAAGAAGAUCGGACCGCGGCACUGUCUGUGGUAAAUCCUUCGAGCUGUACUGCGAUAUAUGCGGCAGAGGUUUCAGCCGGAUCUCAUAUUUGAGGCGGCACGCGGCUACGCAUUCCGAAUCGAAGAGGUACUUUUGCGACCAGUGCGGGAAGUCUUUCGGGCGCUCCGACAACCUGAGAGAGCACGAGCGGCUGCACGGGGGGGAGGGCUACGGCUGCGACGUGUGCGGCAGCGUGUUCUCGCAGCCGAGCCAGCUGAGGCGGCACGCGGUGCUGCACACGGGCGAGCGGCGCUUCCGCUGCGACGUCUGCGGCACGGCGUUCCGGGUGCGCCGCUACCUGCGGGACCACGUGCGCGUCCACACGGGCGAGCGGCCGUUCGCCUGCCACGUGUGCGGUAAGUCGUUCACGCAGGCGGCGCACCUGCGCGUGCACGCGCGCCUGCACACCGGCGAGAGGCGCCACGGCUGCGACGUCUGCGGCAAGCUCUUCUUCCGCCGCACGCACCUCAAGCUGCACGCGCGCGUGCACACGGAUACGGGGCUUCGGCAGAGGCGGAGGAGGGCGCGACGCUAG